ACUGUAAACAGAUUGGUCAACUCUGUGAGUCAGUGCAGUCUCCAUAUAUCGGCGGCCAUGGCUGCUGUAUCAUGAAGAAUGCACAGAAUGUUUCCGUACUAGCAGCUGUUAGUAUUUCCCGCGCUUGUCUUACUUGGCUACAAUUCUCUCCGCUCCAACCACCUUGGCCCAGUUUACAUGGUAGCGCAACCGGUCGACACCUGCUCCAUAUCCGGGCCGCCAGGCUGAUUGUCUCCUCUACCUAGUUCUGUCAAAGCCAAAGGCGUCCCUACCCCCGGCCGUGGCUGUAGUGUAGCUAAUGACCAUGGCGUCCAUCCCGUCGACGAAUUCAAGACCUCUCUUGUUCCUUGUACUGGCUAUUGCAGUGGCUUAUAGCGCUGCUCUGCCAUCCAGGGAGCGGGUGCCAUCUAUCAAUGAUAAUGAUGGUGAUGGCACAUACCACAAGCGUGCUGUAGACCCUGCUGAUCUACCAGGGGAUGAUGAAGACAGUUGGAUUGCUUCAUCUGGUGAGGGGCAUGCCAUAUCAGCUGAGAAGGAGAACAUACGGCAUAUGGAAGAAUCCAGAGGAGGAGCGGAAGAAGAGGAUGAUGAAGACAGUUGGAUUGCUUCAUCUGGUGAGGGGCAUGCCAUAUCAGCUGAGCAGAAGAACAUAAUAUGGCAUGCAGGAGAAUCCAGAGGAGCAGCAGAAGAAGCUCGCCACCAGGACAGCCCGACCACCGAAGCUACCAGAGGUUGGCAGAUAUUCAGCUUACACACAACAGAUCCUUCCGUCAUCAAUGAAGAGUACAAUGCGAUCUUGCCGAGAACAGAUCACGAUUUGAUUGCUAGGGAGCCGGCACAAACAACCACUGCUCUACAUAUCGAUGACCAGCAGGACAGCCUGCGAGCCUUCAAUCCGGGAGACUGGGUGACAUAUAGCUUGCAUACAACAUCUGCUUCGCCUACAACAAAGGCUGCAGCAACCCAAAUGCCAGAGCAUACGGUGGGAGGAGAAGGAGGACCAGGAGGAGACAGCGUUGACAAUGGUGGGCUGACUAAACAGCAAGUGAAUACCACUGACAACACUCACAGCAGCAGAGGUGCCAGUUGCUGUACAGGCGCAACAGCAACACCCACUCUUGUAUGGAUUUACCUGGGGAGCGACUUACUUUUCAAGCUAUGCAUUCUCUUCCUGUACAAAUUUCCUCGGAAGUAGCUAGUACAUCCAUAAUCCCCUCCCACUUCCGAUGCUGCCACUGCCGCCGAUGGCAGUGCCACUGCCUGACUGCAACAAUGAGCAGUCCAUCGCCGGUAGUGUAUUUUCAGUGUAUUUACUUGAUUUCGUUCUCUUCAUGAACAUUCUACUAGCUUAGACUUAUUUAACCUCGAAUGGUCUUUUUGACAGGUUCAAGUCCUGCUUGGAAGCGGAAGGAUUUUUUCCAGCCGUGCUGCGACCCACAGUUAAUUGAGAACUCGUGGCCUGGCACGAGGAAAACAUGGAUGCAGUGAAUGGGAUUUUCGGUCUUUGACCACAUGCUGGUGAGCUGAUCUACUCACCUCCCACCGCUUUAGGAGCUGCAUCUGCCAUGAAAAAGAAGUUCUUUUUGACAAUAGGGACGUUU